UUAUGUGCAGAGUCUAGGAAACGAAACACAUCGAAUGUAAAAUAAUAGUCACGUUUGAAGAAUGGAUCAAUGUUCGAUAUAAUACUCUGAAGUUCCGUAAAACGCCUUUAUCACCGUCAAAUAUUCAUUAUCGCAGGUAACGAAAAACCAAAAAAUACGUCAAUAUAUUUCCUAUGAUUUCAUUCACUUGGUAUGUGCAGUGGUGAACAGUGAUGUCGUACAUAAUUUAUACCGUUUAAGCAUUCGACGAUGUGUAUUACCUAUUGUUUAUUUUAAAUUCAAGAAACUAAAACGAUUUUUAAUUUUUAAUUUACAACAAUGAAUGUAGAAAUCGUAGCUAUACUGAUUUUAAAUAUUCUCGUAAUCGGCGGAAUAGCAAUAGAUGAUGUAGUUGUUGAAUACAAAUCACAUACAGAUAACUAUGAUAUCACAACAAUUUAUAAAACAACGUCGGGAUAUAAUGCUGGAGAAGAAAGCAAUCGAAAACUUCCCAAUGUAACCAAGUGUUUCAGGUGCUAUGAUGCAAAAAUUCAUUUGAGAACUAAUGCUAUUGGUAUGCCAAUUGAGUUUAAUGGAUUAAUUUUGAGUUCCGAUAAGAAAAGUUUAGAAUUCAUAGCCGACAGCAAGUAUCCAAAUUCUGUUUCCACGCGAAACCAAAUUGAGUACAACACACAAGAAUGGACCAUCUCCACAUUAUCUAUGGCUGAUCCAGCUGAAAUUUUGCAAAUCCAUCCCGAUUAUGAAUUAUUAUUGUGGAAUGCUAAAAGCAAUGCAGAAUCGUUCAAAAUUAAAUGGAAACAAAGGAAUUCAAUGAAAAUGUGUAUAUCUGUAUCAUAUUUACUAGAAGAUGAGUCUAAAUGUACGUUUAAAAUGAACUUAACUGAUGAAGAUGAUCCUUACAAACGAGAUAUAUAUUCUACUAAUAUAAAGGAAUCGGUAACUUGGAUUUAUACAUGUAUUUAAAUAUAAAU